AGUAUUGGCCGUUGGAUGGAUCUGUAAUUCCGAACCCACCAUUCGGCCUGGAGACCUUUGGAGGAAGGAUCUGCUGCUUUCUCGUUUCCCCCCCAAAAAGUUUUCCCCUAAAACUUAAAAAUUGUCGCGCGCCAAAACGUGAUGUCUGUCGCUUUCCAUUUCUAUCAUCCUCCCUCCCAUGACGGGUUUGCGAUUUGUGAACAAUCUGAGUUGAAGCAGAAAGGUAUAAUAGUGCUCAAUCGCUCAAUCUCUUCACUAUCUUACAAAGAUUUCAGAUUCAGUACCCGCAAAGGCGAGUGACGAUGGAUUCGACGGCCACUAAACCUAACAAACCUAGCGGCGUCUACCACAUCGGGGGAAUUCCGGUGGAGUUCCCGUACAAACCCUAUGGUACUCAGCUGGCAUUCAUGGGCAGGGUGAUUUCAACCCUAGAUCGAGCUCAGAGUCAAGGUCAUUGUCAUGCAUUACUUGAAUCACCGACUGGGACUGGGAAAUCUCUGUCGCUCCUCUGCUCUACGCUUGCAUGGCAGCAGAACCAAAACACGAAGAAUCUUUCUGAAUCCAAACCAGCUCCCGAGGCCUUAUCUGAUCCCAUCGCACAUGGUGGUGGAUUUAUUCCUGAACCAGAACCUUCCGGUAAUUCAAUACCGGGAGCUCUACAACCAUCUCCAUCUGCAAUGAACAGUAUGAGUCCAAAGAAAAAGACACCUACCAUCUUUUAUGCCUCGAGGACACAUUCACAAAUUAGUCAAUUGAUUCGGGAAUACCGCAAAACAUCAUAUCGAGUUAAAAUGGCAGUUUUGGCAUCAAAGAAACACUACUGCACCAACAAGCACAUAUGUGGACAAGAAAACAUUGAUGAGAAAUGCAAGAAGCUUCUGAAGGACCCAGCAGGUGUUGGAUGCUUUGAAUUCAAAAAUGCGCAUAAAGUCAAAGCUCACCCAUCACUUCAUAGUGGCGGCUGCCAUGAAGCUCAUGAUAUUGAAGACCUUGUGAAAGUUGGACGAGCUGUUAAUGGUUGUUCUUACUAUGCAGCACGUUCUAUGGCAGAAGUGGCAAAGCUAGUUUUUUGUCCUUAUAGCUAUGUAAUUAAUCCAAUAAUUCGGAGAGCAAUGGAAGUAGAUCUUAAAGGAUCAAUUCUCAUUCUUGAUGAAGCCCACAAUAUAGAGGACAUGGCACGUGAAGCUGGUAGUGUGGAUGUUGAAGAAGAUAUGCUGGAUGUGUUGCAGACAGAAUUAGGGCAACUGUGCUUUGCUGAUUCAACAACUUAUCAACCUCUACAUGAGACAAUUGAGGGAAUUAUAAGUUGGAUUGGUCAGAGGAAAAGUACCUUGCAGAAGCAUGAAUUUCAGCACUAUUGCACUUGUUGGACUGGUGAGAAGGCCUUAAGAGAGCUUCAAGAGGCUGGUAUAUCUAAACAUUGCUUCCCAAUCUUGAAAGAGUGUGCAGCGAAGGCAAUCAAAGCUGCAUCUAAUGUGGAGUCUAAGGAAGUUUCUUUAACUGGCAUGUCCGCAGCAGUACUGGAAGGGCUUUUCUCUUCGUUCAGUUAUUUUUUCUCUGGAAAUGGGCUUCAUAUCCUUGAUUAUCAGCUCGUUUUACAACGAUAUGCGUCGAGAGAUGGGGAACAUGGUGGAAACUGGAAACAUUCUUUCAGUCUAUGGUGUCUGAAUCCUGCAGUGGUCUUCAGAGAAAUUGCGGGUCUUUCGAUGUCUGUGAUUCUUACAUCAGGGACAUUAUCUCCAAUGGACUCAUUUGCGGCGGAACUUGGAGUCCAGUUUGAAACUUGUAUUGAAGCUCCACAUGUAAUAGAUGUUGGAACACAGCUAUGGGCUGGUGCCAUUUCUACUGGUCCUGGAAACUACCCAUUGAAUGCAAGCUACAAAACGGCCAACUGUUAUGCUUUUCAGGAUGCACUUGGUGCCACUUUAGAAGAAAUCUGUAAGAUUGUGCCAGAUGGUGCUCUUGUCUUCUUCCCUAGCUAUCAUUUGAUGGAAAAGCUAUGCAACCGUUGGCGUGAAACAGGACAAUGGUCUAGGUUAAAUGCACAAAAACCCGUUUUCGUUGAGCCAAGGAGUCAGGAAGAUUUUGCGCUUGCUUUGAAGGGUUAUCAUGGUUCAAUUCUUCGAGGUAAUGGACCUGCUCCUAGGAAACGCAGGGGGAAAAAACGUGACCUUAACCAGCUCGAUGCAAAGUCCACUCAGAAUUCUUCAAAGGGGGGUGCUGCUUUGCUUGCUGUGUGCAGAGGAAAGGUCGCAGAAGGGAUUGACUUUUCGGAUGAGAAUGCUCGAGUGGUUAUAAUUGUCGGCAUUCCAUUUCCAAACGUACAUGAUAUUAAAGUGGCACAGAAAAAGAAAUAUAAUGACACUUACCACUCAUCCAAAAAUCUUCUAAGUGGGAACAAGUGGUAUUGCUACCAAGCAUUUCGUGCUAUGAACCAGGCUGCAGGCCGUUGCAUUCGUCAUAUGUUUGACUAUGGAGCCAUUCUCUUUAUAGAUGAACGAUUUAGAGAAGAGAGAAAUAUAUCACACAUUUCCAAGUGGAUAAGAAAGUCCAUCAAACAGUAUGACAAUUUUGACAUGUCAAUAGAAGGAUUACAGUCAUUUUUCCGUGAUGCAAAGGAAAGAUUUGGGCCAAAAGACAUGAAUGUGUUGGGCACUCCUAAAGUUAAAGAGGAACAUAUGCCAUGUACAAAGCAGAAGUCUUUAAGCAAAGGAGCUGUUCACACGCAUGAUCAUCAUGAUGGACAGAAAGUAAUUUAUAGCAGUAUAACAACUGAAAAGGAAAAUCAGUUCUCUCAGUCUGUGAUGUCUAUGAGCAAGGAUAAUCUCACUCUUCCUCAAGUGAAAGCUCAAUGUGGUGUUGAAGAUGAAGAAUUUGUUCCACUGGUUGAGAAGGAUUUGGGUAGCGACAAAGAAUCUAUUGUUUUUGAUUGCAGUUCUGAAAAAAACUUGAGGUGGUCAGAGACUAUACCCACAGCAUCCUUUAAUGAGAGUCGAGAAAAAAUCUUAGUCAAUGAAACAUCUGGUGUGGGUGAGAAUGGAACUGUUGGUAGUCCUCAAGAUUUUCCCAAGGCUGAGAACUCAAGUAUAACCGUAUUCCAGGCUUCCAAUGAGUUAUCAGACCAACUUUCGUUCCAUUCAACAUCCCUAGCGAGUCCAAGUGGAGCUGCCUCGCGAAGCAAAUGUUUUCUUAUGGAUACUCCUGAAAGAAAUGCUAAUAUGGACAUCUGUGAUCGAAAAUCAGAAAAUGAAUCUUUGAAUUUGAGUGUAAAUUCUCAUACCCAGAAAUGGAGGAGGCACAUCAGUUCUCCAUUAGUAAACUUAAUUCAAGAGAAACAGUUUGAUAUUCCCAAUGCCAAGUUUCCUAACCAUGUUGAUUGCAGUGGAAGUGUGGGAUCAUCUCGAGAUGCGAUCCGCAAAAUUGAAUUCGAUUUUGAGGUGAAGGACCCUAAAUGCAAACACCAGAAGCUGAAUCUUCCACAAAAGUUCCCAGUGAAUAACAGUGUCACCUUACAUGCAUCUUCCAGUCCUGUUAUGGAUGAGCAAUUAUAUAUCUGUUGCUCAAUCUGCCAAAACCCAUUGGGAUUGUCUGAGAAUCAUUUCCUUGUUACUUGCUCAUUUGUUUCGUCUUCAAAAGUUUACUUGGCAUCCCUCCUUGGAAGUCGAGGUGCAUCUCCAGCCAGAAAUAGAUCAAUAACUGUCCGAGUUCUAAUCUCUGAUAUCUCAUCUGUCGAUCAGCGGCUCUAUAAUAGGCUCGCUCUUGAAGGUGCUCAAAAGCAUGGUGUAUGGUGUGAAGAAGAUGGUUGUGUUUUUGGUACUGUUUUCUGCCCCUUCUGUUCCUCUCCUGACAGUUGCCUUGGUUUACAGAUUAUGGCAACUGAUUCAUCAAAUAUUCACUUACUUAACAAGAUCUUGUUUUACCCUAAUCGUUUGGAAAUCAAGAACCCUGAAGAAUCAAAAGAUGAGAAGGUGUUGCCUUCAAUAGAGCAAUUUUCUUAUUUACCACAACAGAAUUCAGAAGGCUGGAGAACUACAAAAGCUAAGCUGAGACUACCCAAAAGAGGUCUGCCUUGGUCAGAGGAUCACUUUGGAGCUUAAGGAAGCUUGUGUCUAAAUUGGGCUAUGUGAUAUCAAACUUCCUGAUCGUCCUCCUAUCAAUACUUGCUGUUAUGCCAAAUUGAGGGUUGAACCAUUGGUGGAAAUAAUGCCAAGCCACUUUCUUCAUGCUUCAAGGGGAGGGAAGGUUCUUCCAAGUUUCAAAAUUCACUGUUUUCAAGGGGCUAUUUUGUUGGCCAAUAUUUUCAGAAGAGGAACCUUGUGGUUCUGAUUAUUUAGUUGAGGAAUUAAUUAUAAUCCUCAUUAUCCAUAACCAAGCCUCGAUAAAGUAAUGUUCCAUAUCCCACUACUGAUGCACAGGAUUUUCCAGGGCUGCCUUGAGGUCCUUUUUUUUGGGGGGAGUGGGGGAAUUUUUUCCUCACUGGCUACAUGUUAUCCAUGAUACACGAGCUGGUAGAUCAGAAAAGGGUUUUCCUAGUGACAUUUUCUAUUAAACAUCAGUUGUAUAUAUUGAUUAAAGAGGUCCUCUUGUAGGUGUUAUGUAUAGGAUAGGCAUAUGCAUUUUUUUUUCUCUGUACUUGCACAAAACAAUUCUUGAGAAUGUCAUGAUAGUUAAAUUUCAAAUAAUUUUAAAAUA